AUGAGCCUCCUCGGUCGGCCGAUUCACGUGCGACCGGUGAAGCACACCAAUCCUCGAUACCGACAGCUGCAGAAUGAGAUGCACAACUUUCUGGAACGACCACGUGGAUGGAAGGCGAUGACCUACCAUAUUGUCAUGUUCUGCAUGGUCUUUGCCUGUCUGGUGCUCACGGUCUUUUCCACCAUCGACCAGUACGAGGAGGUGGCAUCGAGUAUUCUACUCAAGAUGGAAAUUAUAAUGGUCGUCUGGUUCACCUUCGAGUUCCUCUUUCGCAUGUGGUCAGCCGGCUGUCGGUCUCGCUAUCAGGGAUGGAUUGGCCGGCUGCGCUUCAUGCGGAGUCCAUUCUGCGCAAUAGACUUUGUGGUGAUCGUAGCGUCAAUCAUCGUUCUUUCAGUGGGCAGCUCGGGGCAGGUCUUUGCCGCGUCUGCCCUUCGCGGCCUUCGAUUCUUCCAAAUUCUGCGCAUGGUGCGCAUGGACCGUCGCGGCGGCACCUGGAAGCUGCUCGGCUCGGUGGUCUAUGCACAUCGCCAGGAGCUCAUCACCACAGUGUACAUUGGCUUUCUCGGCCUCAUCUUCUCCUCCUUUCUCGUGUACCUCAGCGAGAAGGGCGUCAGGCAUGACAAGUUCACCAACUUUGCCGACGCUCUCUGGUGGGGUGUGAUAACACUUUGCACCGUAGGAUACGGCGACUUAGUGCCCCAAACUUGGCCGGGCAAAUUGGUUGCCUCCUUUUGUGCCCUUCUAGGAAUCUCAUUCUUUGCCUUGCCCGCGGGAAUUCUCGGCUCGGGAUUUGCGCUCAAAGUGCAGCAGCAACAGCGGCAGAAGCACAUGAUUCGCCGGCGAGUGCCCGCUGCGACGCUCAUUCAAAGUCUGUGGCGGUGCUACGCCGCCGACGAGAACUCAAUGUCCAUUGCCACUUGGAAGAUUCACCAAGUGCCCUUACCUAGUCCCCCACCCUCUUUCAGCUUCAAGCACAACACCUCCUUUGUCAGUCGCUUCAGCACCAUUCGACGGCACAAGUCGGCGACGCACUCACCUCUGGCGCGCAACCGAUUCGGCACCAGUGCCUCGGAGCACGGCGCACAGCCGCCAUCAACAGCCGCCGGCGCCGCUGCCGCCGCUACUGUUGCGGGCACCACUGCUGGAACACGCGAAGACUCACUGUCCGGCACGAGGGACACUCGCAUGCCGGGCAGUCUGAGCGAAGACAGCGUCGCCAAGGAGGUUUCGGACGCCUCCAAGCGAAAUUCGGAUG